AUGAUAAAACAAUCAAAAAGCUUGCCUGCCAAGCUAAUUCUAGUCCUCUUGCUCGUCUUAAGCUUGUUUAAAACAUCAAUUCAAAGUAUGUGUUCUGAUGAUCAGGAAGUAAAGCUUCCAGAUUAUUCCUGUUCUACCCUAGAAAAUGGUCUUAAAUAUCUUAUCAUUAUACAGCCCAAUAACCCAGUAACACAUAUUAGUAUCUCUAUCAAGAAACGGCACUGCACUACAUCGGCUAAAGGCAAAUACCUCAGCUGCAUUUUAGAAACACUUCUCAAGUAUAAGCUAAGCCCCGACAAUAAUCACAACCAAUACCAAGCGUUCCUAAGCAAAACCAAUGCCCAAAGGAUUACAUCUAGUAGGGAUUUUAUGACAAUCGAGUUUGUUUCAAAAGAGCCCCUAUCUCUAAACCUCUUAGAUAUUUUACAUUCCGUUAUUGUUUCCCCACCCAACCUACAACUAGCCGCCAAGAUUAAAGAGCACUGUUUUCCAAACCUUCAACGUAAUAAACCAGAGCUUCUUCCUACUGAUGCCGAGAUCACGAGCGAAUGGACCAAUACCUUAUUCUUUCCAAAUAUUCGGCUUGUAAUAGUUACUCCCAACAACCUAUGUGAUAUACUAAACCUUCUAAACGGCCACGGCCGCCAGCAAACCAUAGAUCAGCCAGGCCAAAAGCCGAUAAUGUAUCCACUUAACAAGCCAGCGUCCUGUCAUUUGGCCAACCCCAACCGCGUAGUGAUAUGUCCUAAACCGUGUAUCUCAUCAAACACGAACGAAAAAACAAUGAUCCUUCUCUCCAUUCCACUACUUGAUGACAUAACCACAAGCACUAUACAUCCACUAGCCCAUCUAUAUCAUUUAUUCUGCUGCUGCAACCUAAUAUACAAUAACUAUAUUCAAGCCCAUCCAAGCAAGAAUCUUCGAAUCAAAAGAAUGUCUCUAGCCUCCCGAGAAACCACGCUAAAUAUUAAUGUGGCCAUAGAAGUAGAUGAUAAAGAUACAGUCCUGAUUUCUGAGGCUUUAGCUAUAGUAGAAGGCUUCCUCCAAGCUAUCAAGACGUCUUACAAACAGCCAGACUCGGAUUUAAACCAGCAUUACAAAAAGCAUAUAUCAUCCGCACCAGGGAAAACAGAAAAUCUGCUACUAUUCGCCCUUCCUAUUCUAGCCUCAGUACAGAUGUUCUUUUUGGAUGCAUCCGAGAUCAUUAAGUUUGCCUUCGGUCCCGCGCCUCAUCUCAACAACACCGAUGAAUUGGACCGUCUACUCGAAAUCGGAAUGAAACGAGAUAAUUGGCAAGUUAGAUGCGAACUUUCACGUGCACACUGGCAGAAAAUGCCGCAACAGAUAGAUACCGCCCCAGUUUCUCUAUUCGUACCAGAAGUGGCCGCGAAAGCCGAACAAAUCAAAAACAUUAUAUGUUUUGGCCGCCCCGAAGCCCAACCAAACCAAACCCACGCUGCCUUAACCAUUCAACCGCCUAGUUCUUCCAAAACCAACCCUCCUCUUCAAUCACAAAAUAGCACAUCUAUCCUCAAACAAAUGCUGCCGUCACAACAAGCCCCACCCAGAACUCCACUAUGCCCCGCCGAUAUUAAUAAUCAAGUCAACCCCCAGACCCCUUCUGCUAGUCUACUCAAUACCAAUUCCGGCCAAGUUACUCCCGGCAGUGUACUUCGUGACACACAUACUGAGCCUGGCUUAGAAGCUUGCUUUUUCACUGAUCCUCAGCAGCCAAAGGAAUCGAGUGUUAUAGUUGUGCUCGGCACCAAUGAUUACCUUGUUGACAUUCAAACCUAUGUCUGGCAUGUUGCUCACGUGCUAACCGUAUUAAAUAUCAUCAAAAACGCCCAUCACGAUUGGUUCAAAGGCAACAGCAUGCCUAUUGAUGCUCGGGUUAGUAGCGAUGGUAGGAUUAUUGUUGUUGCUCGUGGAUCAAACCCGCGGGCCACAGAUGCUCUCGACUUGUUCUUUUCACUCUACAAAGCCGCCAACGGACUUAUUCCUCAGAGCGCUGCAGCUAUAGAUAGGGCCAACAACUACUUUAUGGGGGCACUCCAGCAACAAACACUUAUUAUAAAGAAGUCCAUCUUUUCGGAGGUUUGGCGAACUCCUUUCUACACACCCAAUCAAUGCUGCGAGUAUAUUAAACAAAAUAAGGCAUCCAACGACAUUCCGGUUGUUGAUAAAGCUUUAAUCAAGAUAAAAGUAGAGAAUCUACCCUACGCCUUCUUCCGUGAAACAAUUAGUACAGUCAGAAAGUAUAUUACACCCAAGCCGUCCAUUAAAUACGAGCUGGUUCGUAAUCACGACAAAACCAUCUGUAUAUCAUUGGAUCCAAAACCAAUUUCGGCUCUCGUUGGGUACUUUCAUAUCAAUCCAAUGGGCACCUUAAACAGAAGCAACUACCAAAUGCUAGCAUACUAUUUGUUGAUUGCAAAAUUCCCGCCAAGAAGUAUUGCGCGCCAUGCUAGUGCCAAGGAAGUCCAAGCCUGGAUAGAUGCUCGUACACCCAACCCACCCGAGCCAGCCCCUAAGAUGAUAAAACCAUUGACCAACUAUCCUGCAUUCCCCAAAACAGAUGUUGACCUAGAAAUAUUCAAUAAUCUUGACCAAUCCACUACGAUUUUUGAUGACACUAUUAUUCUGAACCUUACUUUAAACGGACGAUAUAGCCCGGCUGCAGUUUUAAACACGGUUCUAGCCUAUCACAUAUACUUAGAUUGGGUGCUUAGAGCUCUUACACCCGAACAGUUUAUAGCCUGCAAGCAACGGGCACUGAAUGACUUCUCUGCGGCCAAUAGCACCAACAACCUAUUCAAAAAGAGCUCUCUAAUCUUCAACUGCAGCGACUUUUGGAAAGAGCCCAGUUAUCAAGAAGAGCUCGAACGCACUCUCCGACAAAUAACUAAAGAGGAUCUCUACUCCUUUUUCCUAAACCACUGCCAACAACCUAUGGUUGUGAUAUAUAACUCUCAACCACAACCGCAACAGCUCUUAUCCGCACCAAAACGAGCACCAACUACUUCCAUAGAUGAACUUGCACCCAGCCAGACCUUUAAAAAGGCCGCCCAAAGUAACCCACCUCAAUAA